AUGAAGGAUAGAAUUCAAUGGAUCCUUAAGUCAGAACACUUUGAGCUCAUCGACCUACCAAACAACUACUUUGUCUUCAGAACCUCAGUGGUAGAACUGCGGAAAAAGUUACUAUUUGAUGGUCCAUGGAUGAUACAAGGACAUUAUUUAGCUGUUCAGAGAUGGAGUCCGAAUUUCAACCCUUAUUGUAACCGAGUCAAAAAGGUGGCGAUCUGGGUCAGAGUACCAACACCCCCAAUGCACAUGUAUUCUGAAGAGUGUAUGUGGGAACUCGGCAACAUGAUAGGCAAAGCACUGAAAGUCGACCUAAAUACACUUACGCAAGGUAGCAACAACAGUAUACAAGUGGAGAGAGGAAAAUUCGUAAGAGUGAGCGUUGAGGUUGAUCUAAACAGAAAGCUCCAAUCUCGCUUUGUACUAAGAAAAUGCAUAUUCAUAGUAGAAUAUGAAGGGCUGAACGUAAUAUGUUUCAAGUGUGGUGAAUACGGAUACAAAAGCAAGAAUUGCUCCCUAACUAAAGGGACACUGGAAACAGAGACAUCACCGGAAAGGGAGAAACAAACGGCCAACACAGAAUCACCAACUGUCAAAACUGACAAGAAACAACCACUGUUCAGCAUUCCUAGAGUCACGAUUAACGAGGAAUUUGGAACCUGGAUGUAA